GAGGUAUUAUCUUUUCCACCGACUACUCAAGAUGCGAAACAUCUUUUUCACAAAGCUAGGAAGAGAGGUAAACUUUGCAGGCCCAUGCCACAUAUGGCUGAAUUUUCUCGGAAUGGUAUUUCUAGCGCUAUUCGGGAGAGCUAUAGAUAUUGUGGGAUAUGUAGGUGGUCUACUCGUGCGGGUGCGUUACGACCAAUUACGUUGCCGGCUUUGGUGACGUGGCCAAUAAGUCUCUCUCCAAUCCUGUAUUUAUACUCACCUCUGUGCCGUAGCAAUCACCAAGAGGAGGGCUCUCCUCAACGCCUUACUGGAGUAGUCUCCCACAGCAUCGUCAACUCUCGUGGUCAGGGGCGGGUUAAGUAUGGUUUUCAGAGUGGCUGCCAUCACUAGAAUGCUGACAACGCUUGUCCAGGCUUUCAACUUCAACCCCACUGGCAUCCACUCUACAAGCGUUCCCUCCGGUGACCGCGCACCCACGGUGCUGCAGGAUUUUCGCUGCAAUUACUCAGAUGCAGUCAUGCUGCCGCCGUGCCGGAUCUAUUGUUUCGUGCCAAUGUGCUUUCACUCGUGAUCCGCUGAGAUUGGAGGCUUUGGGAGUUGGAGGGGAGGAAAGCAGUCUGUAAGAGACAAAUGGGAGUACAUUAUGAGCUGAAUCGGGCCAACUAAGGUCUCCGAGACAACCAUAGGGUGGUGGUUGGAACAGCUGUGGCUCCUAUUGUAGCU